GUGGCCACUCUCCUUUCUGCCCAAGUUUUGCCUCAGUCCUCCCCAAGCUAUGAGAAGGCCCUCUCUGCAGUCAUUCACUUCCACAACCAGGUACAUGGGACAGAGAAUGCAUUCAAGGUAUUGCAAGUCCACCCUCCUCCAUCUAAUCAGAAUCCCCAAGAUCAAAGACUGAAGCUUCUGAGAAUUACCUUGAAGGAGACUGUGUGCCCAAGGACUGAGGAGCUCCCCUUGGACCAGUGUGACUUCAAAAGAUAUGGGCUGGUGAAAAAAUGUCAAGCCUCUGUAUCCAAUGAACAAGACAUUGCUGCCAUCAUCCUUACCUGUGACCCAGUGGCCCCAGCACCUUCUCGCUUCAGAAGAAGUUCCAGAAAGAAAAGGAAAAAGAAAUUCCCCUUUUCUGUCAUUUUUGGACAUAUACAUUUUCCAAGGGGAUAA